GUCUAAACAUCUCCAGGCUGCUGCACGCACCUCUGUCGUUGAAGCUUCGAAAAGUUUGGUGCUGACUCGGCUGGUCGGUUGAAUUACCCUCUUUGCGCCUGGCGACUUGCAAGCUUGCCGCCUGUGCCGCGAUGCCGACUCUGCGCGAACGGCCCAGCAGAGGCGAGCUAUCGCCUGCCAAGAAGGCAUCGCAGAACUCCCCGACCGCGACGAGGUCGACUCCAAGGAAACGGCGAACCAGCAUGCCCAGCGACGCGAUUGAGGUGCGCGAGUCUAUUGAGGCUAAGGGUGACGUCGACGACGAUGUUGAAAUGGAGGACGCGGACAGUCCGCCGCGUACGGAGAAUAAAGAUGGCGCCACUGACGCCGAUGGAGACGCGGAUGCCGACGCGGAUGCCGACGCAGAGGGCGAGCCGGACGACAGCACUGAACAGCCGCGGCAAGAGGACGACUGGCGAAACCUACUGCAGCUCAUCAAGGACACGUCCGAGUAUCUGUGCCGCUACACAAUUAAAGUGGAUGGAGAGGACCAUGAAAUCGCGGCGGGAUUCCAGCGCCUCGUGAACAAGCGCAGUCUCCCCGACUAUUUUGAGGUUAUCAAGGAGCCAAUGGCUUUCAGCACCAUUCGUGCUAAGCUUGGCAAGAAGUCUUACACAAAGUUCAACGAGUUUGUGUGUGAUGUGACCCGCAUAUGCCACAAUGCGCAGGUCUAUAACAGGCCAUCUGCGCCUAUCUUCUCUGAUGCGGGCCGCUUGCUGGAAGUGUUCAAGGAGAAGCUCGCCGAGAUGGUGAAGGAGGGCACCAUCACUGCCGAAGAUGCUCUGAUUCCCGACUUAGGACCUUUGCCUGAAUUCGAAGACUCGCCACCUCCCGAAGCCGAUGAGGAAGAGGCAGACGAGGAUGACGAUGAAGAGGACGAGGACGAGGAGGAUGAGGAUUCCGACGAAGAGGGCGGUCGCCGCCGCGGAGGGAGGCGCCGCCGACAGUCAGGAGUCCGGAAGGGCGGUGACGAGGGCGAUGACGCCCACAAGAAGCGCGGUAGACCGCCUAAGGUAUUCACCCCGCUGGAAGCUCGGAUCCAGGCAAUUCUUAAGGGCCUGCGCCGCUUCAAGAACGAGAACGGACAGCUACGUAUCCACAACUUCGAAAAGCUCCCUGACAAGGCGGAGCUGCCGGAUUACUAUGCCGCCAUCCGGAACCCCAUUUCGCUAGAGAUCAUCAAAAAGAAGCAUAAACGCAAGAAGUACCAGACUGUCGACCAGGCCCUCCAAGACUUGGAGCUCAUGUUCGACAAUGCCAAGCAGUUCAAUGAGGAGGGUAGCCAGGUACAUCGGGAUGCAGUGGAGCUGGCCAGACAGGCGCGGCUCCUUGCCGAACAGGAGAAAGCAAAGCCUGACGACAACUUCCGUGGCGAGGAUGGGAAGCUUCCCCUGGCCAGCAUCGAGCACCGGGGGGAGACCUGGAGGGUCGGCGACUGGGUCCAUAUUCGCAAUCCCAAUGACCUGUCGAAACCAAUCGUCGCCCAGAUCUACCGCACUUGGUCAGAUGCGUCAGGGCAAAAAUGGGUAAAUGCCUGCUGGUAUUACCGCCCGGAGCAGACAGUCCACCGCUUCGACAAACACUUUUAUGAAAACGAGGUGGUCAAGACAGGCCAGUACCGCGACCACCGCAUCGAGGACGUAGAGGACCGUUGCUUCGUCAUGUUCAUCACGCGCUAUCCAAGGGGCCGACCGCGCGGAUUACCGGCCGACAAGACAGUGUACGUGUGUGAGGCGCGCUACAACGAGGAGAAGUUCAAGUUCAACAAGAUCAAGACUUGGACGAGCUGCCUGCCCGACGAGGUACGGGAGAAGGACUAUGAGAUGGACCUCUUCGAUGUGCCUCGAAAUCUGAAGAAGGUGCCGAGUCCCAUCAAGCAUCUGCUGCAGGCGGAUGCCAAAGAGACGGAUGACCCGCCGAAGCCUACCUGGAGGAGCCCCAACGCACCGCCCUUGAUCGGAGCGGUGCACCGCCGUCCUCGAGAGCCAAAUGACUCUCCUCCUCCCGAACCCAAUCCGCUGCCCGCAGCGGUCGCACCUGUGCCGCUUGCCAUCGCACCUACACAGGUUCCCAUUAAAGCGAACGUCGGUACUUCCGGAACAUUGACUUAUCAACAUCCCGCGGUCGUCGCUGCCCCGCAUGUUGCCUCGCCAUCCCAUUUCCAGAUGCAGCACUUCCAGCCACGACCGGUUCCACAGCCGAUUCCUCAACAGGCACCGGCCCAUCUCCAACCCCAACCGCAGCCGAUGGCAAUGCAUGUGCCGCAUCCUGGGAUGCCGCAGAUGCAGCCAAGCCCGCAUUACCCACCCCAGGCGUAUCCACCACAAUACAGCGUGCAGCCCCAGAUGGCUCCACAGCCAAUUCCAUAUCAAACUCCGGCCCACAUCGCGCCAGCUUUUGACCAGCAUCAUCGACCGGUGCACCACGCACCCUCCCCCAUGACGUCUUCUCGCCAGCCGAUGGCGCCCGUGCCGGGAAUAGGAAAUAUCCCGCAUGCCAGCGCUCAUCCCAGCCACGUCUACAAUGUCCCCCGCGCGCCUGAGGUCUACACUCUACCCGACAACGUCGACGCCGCCAUCCCGCAGGAGGUGCGCGAGCGAUUCCAGCGCGACGAGAAUGGCCGUGUCCUCUUCUUCACGGCGCCUCCGCUUAACCGCCCCAACAGCGGCGUCGCGGAGCCAUACGCCGGCUUAGGUCACAGCGUCCACUACUCGGCCAGGAUCAAGAAGAUCCGCGAGGAACGCGACCGUAAGCGCAAGGAGCGCGACGAAGCCCUCGCCCGCGAGCAAGAGGCGAACAAGAGGCUUUCUCCAUCGGCCGAGGAGGCCGCUCAGCGCCAGGCCGAGGCCGAGCAGAAGAGCCAAGCAGAGAUGCUCGAGAAGGUCCUCCUUGGGCUCGCAGCCGAGAUCGAUCACGGCACCAAGGUGCUCAAGGAGCAGAUUGGUGGGUUCGAGAGUUGGAGAGCCAUGAUGCGGGAGGCCCAAGAGGAGACCAAGGGCCUGAAAGAUACAGAGAUACGCCGCAAGAAUCUGCAGUGGUUCUACGACGACCUGCUGCGGCGCGGAGAGAUCACGGAGCAGCAGAAGCGCGAGUACGAGGAUACUUUCAUCCACAGGAAGCAUCUUGAGCAGAAGUGAGGGGUAGGUUAUGCGUCCUCUACCCUCACGCCAUCUUCUGGUGUGUAACACACGUGUACUGUUUUCAGCUCAUUCGGGUUGGACCGGGUGUUUAGAUUUGGAGUUACUGCGAGUUGGUCUGGGAAAAGGGGGACUCGGACAUCAGGGAUGGGGAUACCCCUUUGUGCGCGGACUCUUUGCGGACUUGGGGAGGAUUACAAUGUUCAGCUGUUGGAAUAUCGCCGUCCCCGUGUUGUUACGGGACGGAGUAGGUGUACAAUACUUCUCCACGUGGUGUCCUUUUACACAUUGAGUAAAUGAACUGAAUGAAGCCAAUGGCUCUUCCUACCGUUUAGUCGCGCUGCCGUGUCGUCUCUCGGCAGAUUCUUCUGUGAUUUCGUCCCGAAUCAAGCCAGUCAGCCAUAACAAUGGGAC